ACAAAAACAAAACAAAACUUAAGUUCAUACAUCAUGGCCUUAAUAGCUACCAAAAUAAGUUCACGUUCUUGUUUUGUUUCUGCUUAUCCAAACAAUUCUCCAACGUUUCUGAUAUCCAAAUUUCCCAAUACGGUCGAUUCUUUGUCGCCUGCAAAUACUGCUAAAAGAUCGAUCUUGAGAAACGUCCAUGCUUCAGUUUCUAACCCUUCGAAGCAGUUUCAUAAUAAGACAUCCUUAGAAUAUUUACACGAGUUGAAUAUCAAGAAGAUCAAGAAUAUACUAAGUGCAAACGUAGAUGUUCCAUCCGAGAACCUGGAGAUGAUCGAUGUCAUUCAAAGUUUAGGCAUUGAUCUCCAUUUUCGACAAGAGAUCGAGCAAACCCUUCACAUGAUUUACAAAGAAGGCCUCCAAUUCAACGGUGAUCUCCAUGAGAUAGCGCUUCGCUUUCGAUUGCUGAGACAAGAGGGUCACUAUGUUCAAGAAAACAAGAAGGGUGGAUUUAAAGACGUAGUAAAAAAUGACGUCAAGGGUCUAACAGAAUUGUUUGAAGCUUCUGAGCUCCGUGUAGAAGGUGAAGAAACACUCGACGGUGCGAGAGAAUUCACAUAUAGCCGCCUUAAUGAACUUUGCUCAGGUAGAGAAAGUCAUCAAAAGCAAGAGAUAAUGAAGUCUUUGGCGCAACCUCGCCACAAAACCGUAAGAGGAUUAACGUCCAAGAGGUUCACAAGCAUGAUCAAAAUCGCGGGUCAAGAAGAUCCAGAAUGGUUACAGUCUCUAUUACGAGUGGCGGAGAUCGAUUCCAUUAGGCUAAAGUCAUUGACUCAAGGAGAAAUGUCUCAAACAUUUAAAUGGUGGACAGAACUUGGUUUAGAAAAAGAUGUGGAGAAGGCAAGAAGCCAGCCGUUAAAAUGGCAUACGUGGUCCAUGAAAAUUCUUCAAGAUCCGACCUUAACCGAACAAAGGCUUGAUCUUACCAAACCAAUAUCGCUUGUUUAUGUUAUAGAUGACAUUUUCGAUGUCUAUGGGGAGCUAGAAGAACUAACCAUCUUCACACGAGUUGUUGAGAGAUGGGAUCAUAAGGGGCUUAAGACGCUACCCAAAUACAUGAGGGUUUGUUUUGAAGCUCUAGAUAUGAUCACAACGGAGAUUAGCAUGAAGAUCUACAAAUCACAUGGUUGGAACCCGACAUACGCUCUUCGACAAUCGUGGGCAAGUUUGUGUAAAGCAUUCUUGGUAGAAGCAAAGUGGUUUAAUUCGGGUUACUUACCCACCACUGAAGAGUAUAUGAAGAAUGGGGUUGUGAGUUCAGGUGUUCAUUUAGUGAUGCUUCAUGCCUAUAUCUUGUUAGGCGAAGAACUAACAAAAGAGAAAGUCGAACUAAUAGAGAGUAACCCGGGGAUUGUAUCAUCUGCAGCUACAAUUCUCAGGCUCUGGGAUGAUCUCGGAAGUGCCAAGGAUGAGAACCAAGAUGGAACUGAUGGAUCAUAUGUAGAGUGUUACCUGAACGAGUACAAGGGAUCAACUGUUGAUGAAGCAAGAACACAUGUUGCCCAGAAGAUAUCUAGAGCAUGGAAACGCUUGAACAGGGAGUGUCUGAAUCCAUGUCCAUUCUCAAGAUCAUUCUCAAAAGCUUGUCUCAACAUUGCAAGAACAGUUCCUUUAAUGUACAGCUAUGAUGAUGAUCAACGACUUCCCGACGAAUAUCUCAAGUCUCUAAUGUAAAAAAGUUCCCUUUGACGCUCUGGAAAUAAGCAGUCUGUAAAUCUUUCUAUAAGACUAAAAGAACUUCGAUCUGGUAAACAAGUCCUUAAAGGUCAGUAAACAACUUACUCAGGUACAACGGAUAAAAGACAUAAGGUUAC